UUAAUAUACAUCUUUAAUGUAAAAGCUAUAAGCAGGAUGAAGCUCGUCAGCUUUGCGAGAAUUUUGUUGCUUUUCGAAAUUUGCUCUCUCGUCAAUGUAAUCGCCAUGCAGACAUUUAAUGCUUCCGAGAAUAACUUUCCAAUAAUAGUGAUCACCUGGGCUUACAAAAAUGCAAUGGAGAGAGCAUGGGACGUGAUAUAUAAACAAAAGAGAAGUGCUCUGGACGCGAUAGAGGAAGGAUGUUCCCUAUGCGAAUUCGAAGAGCAGCAAUGCAAAAAGACUGUAGGAUUUGGCGGCAGUCCGGAUGAAUCUGGAGAAACUACACUAGAUGCUAUGAUUAUGGAUGGAGUGGCGAUGGAUGUAGGUGCAGUAGGAGGACUGCGGAACGUGAAGAAUGCCAUUUCGGUCGCUCGUAAAGUAUUGAAGCAUACAAAACAUUCCCUACUAGUUGGAGACUUGGCUACGCACUUUGCUAUAAAUAUGGGAUUCAAGAAUGAGUCUCUGCAAACGAAUGAGUCCAAACAGAUGUGGAAGCAAUGGAAACUGAAAAAAUGUCAACCCAACUUUUGGAAGAACGUUAUGCCGAAACCAACAACUAGCUGUGGACCUUAUCACAUGAUAGAAGAUGACAAAAGCAGUAGAAACACAUCAGUAGGAAGCGAGGAAAAUCAUGAUUCAAUCGGUAUCCUUGCGAUAGACUCACAGGAACGCACAGCUGCUGGAAUAUCCACGAAUGGAGUCAAGUACAAGAUACCUGGACGUGUCGGAGAUUCUUCUAUUGCAGGAGCUGGCGCCUAUGCUGAUCAGAAAGUCGGUGCAGCUGCCAGUACCGGCGACGGAGAUAUUAUAAUGCGAUUUUUGCCAAGCUUCCUGGCGGUAGAGGAAAUGCGUUAUGGAGCGUCGCCAACGGAAGCUGCUCAGAAGGCGAUUAGCAGAAUCACCAAUCACUAUCGUAGCUUCUUCGGCGCGGUGAUCGCGUUGAACAAAGAGGGAAAAUACGGAGCAGCGUGUAAUGGAAUGUUAAAAUUUCCUUAUUAUGUCGCAACUCCCACUUUAGGUCUUAGAUUGUAUAUUAUUCGAUGCACCAAUUAUAAUUUACAAUAAUUAGGAAAACUUUAUUUUCACGUUUUUCCGACCUAAA